AUGUCUUCCGAUGAGCAAGAUGCCUUGGAUGCCCUAGAACGGGAAGCGUCCGACUUUGUCAAGGACGCCGAGAUUGAUCGCAUUAGGAAGGCAUUUGCACUAGACGCAUACGCCGUCCUCGACCUCCAACCAGGAGUUACUGAGUCCGAUAUCAAAGUACAAUAUCGCAAAAAGUCUCUACUUAUCCAUCCUGAUAAGACAAAGAAUCCAGCUGCGCCAGACGCGUUCGAUCGUCUUAAAAAAGCCCACUCUGCACUAAUGGAGGAGAAGUCGCGCACGUACCUCGAUGAAUGUAUCGCAGAUGCGCGACGGUUGUUGAUUCGUGAACACAAGUACACAUUGGAUUCGCCUGAAUUAAAGACAGAAGAGUUCAAGAAGGAAUGGCGCCAGAAGACAGUGCAUGUGUUACUAGAAGAAGAGGCGCGCCGGCGAAGACAAGCCAAGGCUAAGUUACAAGAGGAAGGCCGUGAGAGACGUAAAGAAGAGGAGGAAAUUGAAGAACGAAAGCGAAAGCGAGACCAGGACAAGGCAUGGGAGGACAGUCGUGAUGAGCGUAUCAGCAGCUGGCGAGAUUGGCAGAAAGGAAAGAAGAGUGAAGGAGACAAGAAGAAGAAGAAGAAAAUGAAAGUCAUUGGCUGA